AUGAGAGCAUUCUGCGAGCGCCAAGGUCUUGAUUUAUCUUCUGUUCGGUUCCUCUACGAUGGACAGAGGCUUCAGGAUGACCAAACCCCAGCCGCAGUGGAGAUGCAGGAUGGAAACUGUAUUCAGGUGUUCCUAUAUCAGACUGGAGGUUGGGGGUCGCAGCAAAUAUACCUCAAAGUCAAGGAUGCUGAUGGAAAUGAGGUUUCUUUCAAGUGCAAAAGCACAGCCAAGCUGGAGGACGUCAUGGAUUCUUUCUGUCAACAGAGGGGUCGCAGUCCCGGCUCGCUUCGAUUUUUCACUUCGGACGGAACGAGGAUCGAUGACGACGAUACGCCCAAGUCGCUCAUUUUGGAUGAUGGAGAUGUUACUAACGCUCAUGAGAAACAGCAGGGUCGUGGCAGCUGA